UCCUUCCCGCGACUUUGAUGUUAGUAAGUGAAAAUAGUUCCUCGAAUUCCCCACGAAUCUCGAGCCUAAUUCGGAGGAAAGAUAAGGAGACAUUUAUAUUUUGUUUCUUUAUUUCUUAAAUUUUUAUUUUUGGAAAAUUAUUCUUGAUAUUUUCCUCGCAACGGCAAGAAAUUCAUUUGUGUGUAGGAAUACACUAUCAACUUAGAUCAUCAUCUGCACGACGAUUGUCCGGUUGCCGCUUAAAUUUCAUUUCUAUCCACAAUGGCAGAUCAGCUAACAGAAGAACAAAUUGCAGAAUUCAAAGAGGCUUUCAGUCUUUUUGAUAAAGAUGGUGAUGGAACCAUUACAACGAAAGAACUGGGCACAGUGAUGAGGUCACUGGGUCAGAAUCCCACAGAGGCAGAACUUCAGGACAUGAUCAAUGAAGUAGAUGCUGAUGGAAAUGGAACAAUAGACUUCCCAGAGUUUUUGACAAUGAUGGCAAGAAAGAUGAAAGAUACUGACAGUGAGGAAGAAAUUCGAGAAGCAUUCCGAGUAUUUGACAAAGAUGGCAAUGGGUUUAUUAGUGCAGCUGAAUUAAGGCAUGUGAUGACAAACUUGGGAGAGAAGCUCACAGAUGAGGAGGUGGACGAAAUGAUCCGAGAAGCAGACAUAGAUGGUGAUGGUCAAGUUAAUUAUGAAGAAUUUGUGGCUAUGAUGACAUCAAAGUAGAUAACUACCAUCCAUAGUGUGCCUAGUUUGUUGGACCUAUAGAUCAGAAUGAAUGUCACUGCAGCUAUAUGGCAUGUCAGGUGUUAGAAGAAUGGCAACUGCUUGUCUAGCUAGGCUUUAUGGUUAAAGACAUUCUACCAUUAUUUCACUCUUAUUAUUGUGUUGCUCUGAGGAUCAAAGAACAUACUUAGUGCUAGUUAUUUAUGUGUACCUUCCUAACUGUUGAUAUUGUUAUUAGUUAAGGUGCUAUGUCUUGGUGCAGUUAUGCAUCUUGCCUCAAUGUCAAAUAAAGCACAAAAAAUACUAAACAGAAGCAUUAAUUUCAGAAUUUAAAUGACAGGCUUUAACUUAACAGAAUUGUUGAGGGAUGGUCAAAUGUUCUUUGUUUUAUUUAUUGCAGAAUUUGUUACGAUGAUGACUUCAAAGUGAGAAAGAAUUGUAAUUUGGUAUAUUCUGUUAUCCUUUGGUUUUGUUUAAUUGAACUGGUAAAAAUAUUUGUGUUCAGAAAAUGUUAAUGAACAGUUUCCAUUUUUUUUAAAAAUCUUUUACGUACAUCUUGUGUACAUUAAAUAGCUAGUCAUAUUGUGCAAUUUAGUACCUGUUCUGUACUUAGUUUAUUGAUUGAAACUUUACAUUCUUAAUAUCUUCAAGAUAAUCUUGCAACUUUAGCUAUGCCUGUUGUACUUUAUGACUUGGAGUUAAAACAAGUAAAGGUGUUCACUUUGAAUUUGUAUUAUAAUUCCAGCGGUAUAAAGGAUUAUGUUUAUUGUUUCUUAUUGAUAUAUUUUUCAUUGAUUAUUUUAUAUUUUUAUUUACUACCAUCACUGUAUAUGAAUUCCCUCAUUGAAAAGACUGGAUUGUCUACCAGUUUGAGUUAAUAUCAUUGAAAUAUUUAAAGUUGUUUCAUGUAUGAAAUGUUAUCUAUUUGAAUAAUUGAAUUAUGAUAGUUUUCAUACAUUAUAAAUUUCUGUCUACGCUAGUGCACCAAACAACGCAAGACUAGAGAAAACUACCGUCAUAGAGAAUUUAUUCAAGUUUCUUAUUCAUCCAAUUUUCAUCUCUCAAAUUCAGGAAUGCACUUCGGGUGUAUAAGUAUUGUUAUGUCACCUAUCAUGUUGUUUUAUAUCUUCAUAACAUGAUAUCCUGAAUAAAUGAUGUUGUAAAUUAUGACAAA